AUGGCCCAAUCAGCUCACGAGACGUCCGCGUUGACGUCGACAGAACCCUUCUACGUGGAAUACCCCCAGGACUCCCGAAUUCGCGUUUCCACGCCGGUUUUGAUGGAGUCACCUGAACGUACCAGGGUCCCGAUAGUGCGAACUAGAUCUUCACCGCGCCGAGCAACACCAUCGUCGAUCCACAGACCCCCUUCCUUGGUCUACAAGUCCCCGUCCGCACCCCAUUGGUCCUCGACGUCCACGCAAUCGUCUUCUUCUCCGAUCGAUACCUCGACAGCAUCGGAUUUGAGGCCACAGGUGAUGAGUCGUCAAGUGUACAACCCUCGAUCUCAAGCAGCAGGCGAUCAUGCCACUGGCGGGGGAAGGUUCAUAUACGUGAACCCGCUUGUCAUGAAGAAGUACCAUCGCGUUGAGGGUUCCGGAGGAUUCGACAGUUGUUCCACUUCUGGAAGCUCGACCCUGCCCCACUACCAUCGACACGAUGGCAACUCGGACAGCGAAGUCUGA